AUGAAUCAACUUCUCUUGAACAAAGGUAAACCUAUGGAAUACACCAACGAAAAAAUUCAACCUGAAAAACCUACGGUAUUUUCAAAUCUGGCAAACAUUUCAACUUCUAUUGCCGACUCUAUAUUGUUAUUCCUCGGUUUACGACCCUCCGAAAAUGAUGAUCGCACAACACCACCUGCGUCGUCAAUAAUGAUGCGCUAUGGCCUGAGUCCACAGGCAAUGGCCUACGUUCAAUUUAAAAGCACACGUCUGAAAGGUUUUAACGGCGUCCUGACGUUUUUUCAACAGCCUAAUGGCUCAACUGUUGUUUACGGAAAGUGGAAUGGGUUGAAGGAUUUGGAUCCUAUGAAUUAUGAAUUUGUAAUCUACAAGAAUGGA